GCUGAUCGAAUUUGUCAAAGAUGACAUAACAAGAAAAAUAAGAACAAAACAAAAAACGCUGUAAAUUCAACAUUUGCUCUAGUGAGAUUUCUAUCGAAAAAUUCAAUAUUUAAUUAAUUCGCAAUGUUAAUACUACGCCAAUGGCGUCAAGUAAAUGGAGCAGCUGUAGGCUUCUCCAACUCUAUUCAAGUAGGUUGCAAAGCGAACUUAUACCGGCCACCGCGUACCAACAAGCGGCAUAUGGCUAUAACUGUUGGAGCUGCUGAUCCCAAGGGUAUGUUAGAAAUAAACGGCAAAUCUUAUCCCACUGACUCUUGGACGAAUGUGACGCCAAAAAUAUUGUCUUACUUGGGUGCCAACAAACAUCUGCAGCGCAAUCAUCCACUCUCGAUUCUUCGACAAAGGAUUGUUAACUAUUUCUAUAGCACUUUUAGAAACUCGCGCGGCAAUCCUUUAUUUUCAGUGUAUGAUCAAUUGAGUCCUAUUGUUACAGUGGAACAAAAUUUCGAUAAUCUACUAUUUCCUACUGAUCACGUCAGUCGUGCCAAAUCCGACUGUUAUUAUAUAAAUCAACACCAGUUGCUACGCGCUCAUACCACAGCACAUCAAUCGGAUUUGAUUGCGUGUGGAUUGGAUAACUUUUUAGUGACGGGUGAGGUGUAUCGCCGUGAUGAAAUCGACAGCACACACUAUCCAGUCUUCCACCAAUUGGAUGCCGUGCGUCUAGUUACGAAAGACAUACUCUUUGGACGUAAUCAAGAUUUGGAAAUUUUCGAAGCUGAUUGGCAGCUGAACACUAAAAACUAUGCAGCACCGCAAACAUCUUCAAAGUGUUUGGAUCAAGCAAAGCAAGCCUGCCACACACUAGAAGCUGUCAAGUUAAUGGAACAUGAAAUGAAGGACGUACUGUUGGGACUUGCGCGGGAUUUAUUCGGCACGCAACUGGAAUAUCGUUGGGUAGAUACAUAUUUUCCUUUUACACAACCAUCUUGGGAACUAGAAAUACUUUAUAACGGUAAAUGGCUGGAAGUACUUGGCUGCGGCAUUGUGCGGCAUGAAAUACUUCACAGAUCAGGAGCCCAUAACAAUAUAGGCUAUGCUUUCGGUUUGGGUUUGGAACGGCUAGCAAUGGUGCUUUUCGAUAUACCCGACAUAAGAUUGUUUUGGUCGAACGAUAGCGGCUUUCUUAAGCAAUUCAAUGAAGAAAAUCUCUACAAGUUGACGAAGUAUAAACCUGUAUCCGUAUACCCUCAGUGCAAGAAUGACCUCUCAUUCUGGCUGCCAUCCGGUGUGGAGGUAGAUGCUGGUUUUGCAAGCAAUGAUUUCUAUGAUCUUGUGCGUUCAGUCGCUGGUGAUGUGGUCGAACAAAUCAGCUUGGUAGACCGUUUUAAGAGUCCGAAAACUGGCAAAUCCAGCCUAUGCUUCCGUAUUGUUUAUAGACACAUGGAGCGCACUUUAACGCAAGCUGAAGUUAAUGAAAUACACAAACGCAUAGCAGAUGCUUGUGUUGAAGCGUUUCACGUUGAAAUUCGAUAGGGUGGGCGAAUGUUGAACCCAUAAUUUUUAGUU